CCGGGGCCCGGUCCCCGCCGGCACCUCGGCCCUCCGCGGGGCCGGGAGGCGCCGCCUUCCUCGGAGCCCGGACGGGGCUGCUGCCUGCGGGCGGAGGAGGAGGAGGAGAGUCGCCAGGUGGAAGGCGCAGCUUUCCCCGGGCUCGUCCUUACCUGCACACCUGGGAGAGGAGCCUCCCUCUGCCCUUGCCCCGUCCUCCCCCCCGCCUGCCCGCGUCCGCGCCUCCACCUGCCGGAGGGAUCCCUCGGCCCCCGCUGCGUGCUGGACUGGAGAUUGCUGCUCACUUGUUGCCUGGCACUUGCCCUCUGAUGGAGUCUGAGAUGCUGCAGUCGCCUCUUCUGGGGCUUGGGGAGGAGGAUGAGUCUGACCUGACUGACUGGAACUUGCCUCUGGCCUUUAUGAAGAAGAGGCAUUGCGAGAAGAUCGAAGGCUCCAAGUCUUUGGCUCAGAGCUGGAGGAUGAAGGACCGGAUGAAGACUGUUAGUGUUGCCUUAGUUUUGUGCCUAAAUGUUGGUGUGGACCCUCCUGACGUGGUGAAAACAACUCCCUGUGCCCGUCUGGAGUGUUGGAUCGAUCCUCUGUCAAUGGGUCCUCAAAAAGCUCUGGAAACCAUUGGUGCAAAUUUACAGAAGCAGUAUGAAAACUGGCAGCCAAGAGCCAGGUACAAGCAGAGUCUUGAUCCUACGGUGGAUGAAGUUAAGAAACUGUGUACAUCUCUGCGUCGAAACGCCAAGGAAGAGCGGGUACUUUUCCACUACAAUGGACAUGGCGUCCCCAGGCCAACAGUAAAUGGGGAGAUCUGGGUCUUCAAUAAGAACUAUACUCAGUAUAUUCCUCUAUCCAUAUAUGACCUGCAAACUUGGAUGGGCAGUCCUUCCAUUUUCGUCUAUGAUUGCUCUAAUGCUGGCCUUAUUGUCAAGUCAUUCAAACAAUUUGCACUACAGAGGGAGCAAGAGUUGGAGGUGGCCGCUAUUAACCCGAACCAUCCACUUGCUCAAAUGCCUUUGCCGCCAUCGAUGAAGAACUGCAUUCAGCUGGCAGCGUGUGAAGCCAGUGAAUUGCUACCCAUGAUCCCUGAUCUGCCGGCUGACCUUUUCACAUCAUGCCUUACCACGCCGAUCAAAAUUGCUCUGAGGUGGUUCUGUAUGCAGAAGAGUGUCAGACUGGUGCCAGGAGUCACACUGGAUUUAAUAGAGAAGAUUCCUGGAAGACUGAAUGACAGGAGAACUCCCCUGGGAGAGCUGAAUUGGAUCUUCACCGCUAUCACAGACACCAUUGCAUGGAAUGUCUUGCCUAGAGAUCUUUUCCAGAAGCUCUUCAGGCAAGACCUGCUUGUGGCCAGUUUAUUUCGUAACUUUCUCUUGGCAGAAAGAAUUAUGAGAUCUUACAACUGUACCCCUGUCAGCAGCCCUCGACUACCUCCGACGUACAUGCACGCGAUGUGGCAAGCGUGGGACCUUGCAGUUGAUAUUUGCCUUUCCCAGUUACCUACAAUUAUAGAGGAAGGAACUGCCUUUAGGCACAGUCCCUUCUUUGCGGAGCAGCUGACGGCUUUCCAGGUGUGGCUGACCAUGGGUGUGGAGAACCGCAACCCCCCGGAGCAGCUCCCCAUCGUCCUGCAGGUGCUGCUGAGCCAGGUACAUCGGCUGCGAGCGCUUGAUUUGCUGGGAAGAUUUUUGGACCUGGGUCCCUGGGCAGUUAGCUUGGCCCUGUCUGUUGGCAUUUUCCCGUAUGUGCUGAAGCUACUUCAAAGUUCAGCUCGUGAGCUGAGACCACUCCUUGUCUUCAUCUGGGCCAAAAUUCUGGCAGUGGACAGUUCAUGCCAAGCUGACCUUGUGAAGGACAACGGUCACAAGUAUUUCCUUUCGGUUCUGGCAGAUCCUUAUAUGCCAGCUGAACACAGGACGAUGACGGCUUUUAUCCUGGCUGUAAUUGUUAACAACUACAACACUGGACAGGAAGCUUGCCUUCAAGGAAACCUGAUUGCUAUUUGCCUGGAGCAGUUAAAUGAUCCACAUCCUCUUCUGCGUCAGUGGGUGGCCAUUUGUUUAGGACGUAUUUGGCAGAACUUUGACUCAGCCAGGUGGUGUGGUGUGAGAGACAGCGCUCAUGAAAAGCUCUACAGUCUCCUCUCAGAUCCAAUCCCAGAGGUUCGCUGUGCUGCAGUCUUUGCACUGGGAACAUUUGUGGGCAACUCAGCUGAACGGACCGAUCACUCCACCACCAUCGAUCACAAUGUAGCCAUGAUGUUGGCCCAGCUCAUCAACGAUGGGAGCCCCAUGGUUAGAAAGGAGCUGGUGGUGGCUUUAAGUCACCUCGUGGUUCAGUACGAGAGCAAUUUCUGCACUGUCGCCUUGCAGUUCAUGGAAGAAGAGAAGAAUUACCCUCUCCCUUCUCCAGCUGCCACAGAGGGUGGGAGUUUGACACCAGUGCGAGAUGGUCCAUGUACACCAAGGCUGCGGUCCGUCAGCUCUUAUGGGAACAUCCGAGCAGUUACCACAGCUAGGAACCUGAACAAGUCCUUGCAGAACCUCAGCCUGAAUGAAGAAUCUGGAAGCUCUGUUGCGUUUUCUCCUGGGAAUCUCAGCACCAGCAGCAGCGCCAGCAGCACCUUGGGCAGCCCUGAGAAUGAAGAGUAUAUCCUGUCGUUUGAGACUAUUGACAAGAUGAGACGAGUCAGCUCUUACUCUUCUCUGAAUUCACUAAUAGGUGUGAGUUUCAACAGCGUUUAUACCCAAAUUUGGAGAGUACUCCUUCACCUAGCUGCCGACCCCUAUCCCGAUGUCUCCGACUUGGCUAUGAAAGUUCUCAACAGCAUUGCCUACAAGGCAACAGUAAAUGCUCGCCCCCAGCGCAUCCUCGACACCUCCUCGCUGACUCAGUCUGCCCCUGCCAGCCCCACCAACAAGGGCAUGCACAUCCACCAAGUGGGAGGGUCACCUCCAACCACUAGUACAAGCAGCUCCAGCCUGACAAAUGAUGUGACAAAACAGCCAGUCAGUCGGGACAUCACGUCUGUAAGACCUGCCAAUGUCGGCAACAUGGGGGUUCAGUAUACUCCCCACUCCCACCAGUUCCCCAGGACAAGAAAAAUGUUUGACAAAGGGCCAGAACAGACUACUGAUGAUGCCGAUGAUACCGUUGGACACAAAAGUUUCAUUUCGGCCACAGUGCAGACGGGGUUUUGUGACUGGAGUGCGAAGUAUUUUGCUCAGCCAGUCAUGAAGAUCCCAGAAGAGCAUGACUUGGAGAGCCAGAUUCGCAAGGAGAGAGAGUGGCGGUUUCUGCGCAAUGCUCGUGUCAGGAAGCAAGCCCAGAAGAUCAUCCAGAAGGGUAUUUCCCGGCUGGAUGAUCAGAUCUUCCUCAACAGGAACCCGGGCGUCCCCUCCGUGGUGAAGUUCCACCCGUUCACGCCCUGCAUCGCGGUAGCCGACAAAGACAGCAUCUGUUUUUGGGACUGGGAGAAAGGGGAAAAGCUGGACUAUUUCCACAAUGGGAACCCUCGAUACACCAGGAUCACAGCAAUGGAGUACCUGAACGGACAGGACUGCUCCUUGCUGCUGACUGCCACAGAUGACGGUGCCAUCAGAGUGUGGAAGAACUUUGCAGACCUGGAAAAGAACCCAGAGAUGGUAACUGCCUGGCAGGGGCUGUCAGACAUGCUGCCAACUACACGAGGUCUGGCCCGAAGGGUUUCAAUCUAUCUUGACAGAAGUAAACAGGGAGGAGCAGGCAUGGUGGUCGACUGGGAACAAGAAACCGGGCUCCUGAUGACAUCGGGAGAUGUGAGGAUAAUCCGGAUCUGGGACACAGAUCGGGAAAUGAAAGUACAGGAUAUCCCCACCGGAGCUGACAGCUGUGUGACCAGCCUCUCGUGUGACUCUCAUCGUUCGUUAAUUGUGGCGGGGCUGGGUGACGGCUCCAUCCGCGUGUUUGACAGGAGGAUGGCUCUGAGUGAAUGCCGUGUCAUGACCUACCGAGAGCACACAGCCUGGGUGGUGAAAGCAUACUUGCAGAAACAUCCUGAAGGCAACAUCAUGAGCGUCAGUGUAAACGGAGACGUGCGGUUCUUUGACCCCCGGAUGCCAGAGUCCAUGAAGGUCCUUCAGAUAGUCAAAGGGCUGACGGCCCUUGACAUUCACCCACAAGCCAACCUCUUUGCCUGUGGCUCAAUGAAUCAGUUCACUGCAAUCUACAAUGGAAACGGGGAGCUGAUCAACAAUAUCAAAUACUACGAUGGUUUUAUGGGACAAAGAGUUGGAGCCAUCAGCUGCCUGGCUUUCCAUCCUCACUGGCCUCAUCUGGCAGUCGGAAGCAAUGACUACUACAUCUCGGUGUACUCAGUGGAGAAGCGGAUCAGAUAACGGCUCGUGGCAGCGGCACCGGAGAAGGGAGUCCCAGCGGGCAGGGCCGUGUCUCACCCAUAAUGUACAUAGUGAAAUUAUCGACUUGAAUGUUUAGUGUUGGCUGCUGCUGCAACCCAUAACUUGAACAUUUUUUUUCUGACUUAGCUACUGAUGAUUUUGACAAGGGGAAGAGAGACAAUCUCCUUUUUUGUUUUGGGUUUGGUUUUUUUUUCCCAGCUAUAUCUUCUAAAAGCUACAGAAAAGGAACAUUUUAUUUUUGUUUCCAGUGGUUGGCUUCUCUGUUAGAAACACGGCUCCUGAGCUUGGAAGGACUGGAUGAGGCAAUACCCUUGAAAAGGGCUUUCUGUUUUAGUCUUUGUUUCUUUGUUUUGCUGGAGCGUAGGUUGCUUUAAGGACUGAAGUCAGGACUCACCUACAGCUCUGUGCGUUCAGCCGGACCACGAGACCCCUCCAGCUGCUGCCUACCCCGUGCCAAACAGCAACUCCUCCGACAGGGCAGCAAGACCGAGCUGUCCAUCUGCAGAACAACGUACGUGCUCCUGCCCUGCCUGAGUGUGGGCGAGGGAGGCAGGAAAGAGUCUCCUCUGCAUGAACCUUGUCCUCUCUGCAGCGUCCUCUCCAGUGGAAGCAAAGACAGAAGGCGACAAGGGGAGGCAGGGAUCCUGAGGAAGGGGGCUUCAGGAGAUGACGGGAGCAGGGCAGGAUGCCACCGUACCGUAAGGUUGCACAUACAGGAAGAAGAGGGAAGAAAGAGAACGAACGUCUCUUAACGUCCCGACAAGCCUGGAGCAAGUCACUCACGUAACCACUUUCCACCCACGCACACGGUGCUGGUGGGGAGGUCUGGGGUAUCUCGGUCACUGUUACUUCUGCCAUCACUGUCCUUCUGCCCACAGUGAAGUCCACAAACACGUUUGAUAGCCUGGGAGCUCUGCCCAGCCAGCAAAGGAGGCUCCAGGUUCAAGCCACGGGCUUUCAUUUGCUCCGACGUGCUAAUAUUCAGCAAGGUGGUGGUCAGGAGAAUUUGCACACUUGCUGCUGUGUGUGUGCAGCUGCACACCUUGAGUGGCUGUGGCUUGUCUGUCUGUCCCUGCAGAACCGGGCAUGUAACCACACGUGGUCUGAGCACAAGAGAAUCACUAAAGAGGGGGAAGACAGCAGGUCGUCCUGCUUUGAGCAAAACAGCUCUGUCCCAGCUACCUAGGGGAAAGCCUGCUCCAUCGUCCGCACCUCCCAUGUCUGAAUAAUGAAUGUUUCUGUCCCUUGAAAUCCAUGAUGGGUCUGGAGAUGGGUGUGGGGAAGGGGUAGGCAAAGCCGAAGGGCAGGUUUCUUUCAAGUGCUGCCGAGGUGCGAUUUAGCUGGCCGAGAACAGAACUUGCACUCUGCAAAAAUCACUGCGGUGACAAAGGUUGACCGGCUAAGUCCAGAAGUCCCCAGUUUUUCUUCCAGCCGGUAUCAUGGGGUCUGCAGGCUCCCAGCAAACUCUGCCAGCGAUGAGGCUGACAGUGGAGGAAAUAAUGAUGAGGGAAGGGGUGAGAAACGUUCUCUCCCUGUGCAGAUGGCGGCUUCACCUCUGCCAUGGCGCCUGCGGAGUGCGUCUGACCUGCCACUGCUCCUUAUACACCAGAUAGUCUGUUUGCUAUAUGUGUUGAGGCAGCUGGGCCCCGCAGGGGUCGGGGAGAUGGCCCAGUGGCUGUCCCGGGCGCGCUGCAGGGAAGCCGAAUGCAAAGUGCCGCACGCACGUCUGGACACCGGCGUCGGUGGGGGUCCUUGAACCGCAGAGGUGGAGCAGAUGCCAAAGGCUGGGCGCUGUGUCCUUACCCUGAGCACCGUCGCUGUCCCCCCUGUAGCAGGGAGGCCGAGGGCCGCUUCACAGGAUGAUGAAUCAAAGGCUUUAAACUUACGAAAAACUACCUAAAAGUCCACUUUUAAGUUACCAAAAGUUAAUUAUGGUCUAACAGAGCUGUGCCUCUUCCCGACCCGCUCCCGUGCUGCCCCGGCAUCGGUCCCAGCGGUACGCAUCUCCUCCACCCUGCCCGUGCCGGGGGCUGGCAAGCGUGGAGCCGGAGUUUGGGAUCUAACCGAUUAACAUACACAGCUUAAAAAACAAUAGAUUUUUAACUUAUAUCAGUGUAUUCAUUAAAGGAACAAGAAAUACCUGGCAAAAUGCGAAGGCGCGUGGUGGGAAGCGGCUGCUCCUUGCCAGCACUCCCCGGUGCCAGCCAGCCCCUGCGGCCAGGAGGUGGGUUUUUAACUAACUCGGCCUGUUUAGCUUUCAUCUAAGCGUGUGCGUGUGUGGGCUGUAUUUUCACAGGUCUGAUGCAGAGAUUCAAUCAUGAAGUUUAACCAAGGAUCUGGAGAGCAUCCUACCUAAAAAAGUUCACUUAUCUCUAUUUAUUUUACAAAAAUAAAAAAAAAUAUAAAAAAACCACACGAUUGUAAUGUGAGAGUAAAACAAUUACAAACAAAUAAAUGGUUAAUAAAAAAUAA